UUGACCGAAAACUCGGUGUCGCCUGUUUCUCCCCGUGCAAGCACGCGGUGCAACUGAUGGCGCGUUGAUCUUGAAUAAUCUGUCACGGGCUCGCGCCUCGGGCCCUCAACAACCUCCGAGCUUACGCGGCAUGCGGCGUCUUGCCGCCACUCACCCCGACGCCCGCCCUGUGUGUCCGACAAUCAGGAGUCCCGGGGGAGUGCCCCCACCAAGGCCAGGCACCUGCCCCCCUCUCCUAUUUCUGAGCGGUUGCAAAGGGCUGCAGCCAAUCGAAUCGCGUGGCUCUCUCUUAGCGCAAGCUCCUGAGUGCGUGCCACCAUCUGUCCUCGUCUAGUAAGGAGCCACGGUGACCCGCGUACCCGAACCGGUCCCCCCCCUGCCUGCGACGCGAUAACCGGGCGCAGAUUCGUCGUUCGUUCCCGCCUCGUUCGGUGCACUUUUGGCCUGCGCUAUGUAUGGUAUGCAUCUGAUGCGCCGCAGCUCGGACGGGCUACCUGGAUUCAUGGAAGAAGCGCGAGCCCAAGGAUGAUGAUGAUGACACACCACCCCACACCACACUACCCUUCGGAUGCCGAUGCCACACGAAAAUUUUGGAAUUGCUGUCAAAAUCUCAGCUUUCCCGAUCGGGCGAUGCAGACUGGAGAAAUGAGAGCGUAUAAGUAUGACCCGGCCAGGUCCUCGCCUGCUCUCCGGCCGCGCUCGUCUCCUCCCACUCAAGGACCCUCCGCCCCUCCACGCACCGACCGCCCCACCUGUCCUUACCGCAAGAUGACUGUGCAGAACACUGUUGGGCCCAUGGUGCUGGGUGCGCUCUUCGCUUCGAUGUUGAGCGGAUUCGUGCACCUGACGGCGUUCUUCUACUACCGGACCUACCGCGAGGACCCCAUCCACUUCAAGGCGCUCGUCGGAAUCGUAUGGCUCUUGGAUACUCUGCACACCGCGUUCAUCUGGGAAGGGAUAUGGAACUACGUGAUACCUCAGAUCGGGAACGAGAAUCUCCGCCUGGACCACAUUCCCGGUGGUGUGCCGAUAUCUGUGCUUCUGACGGCGCUGGUCACCUUCUUCGUUCACAAUUUCUUCGCACACCGCAUCUAUCUUCUGAGCAAAAGGAACUGGAUGUUGGCGACACCCGUUGUCGUUCUUGCAGUCCUGCGACUCGCCUCCGCGUCCGUCUCGACUUGGGAAAUGUUCCACUAUCAGAGCUUCGAAGGGUUCAAGAUCCAUGCCAACUGGAUAUUCACGAUGGGUCUCUCGGUCUCGUCUGCGGUGGAUGUGUACAUCACAGGCGCUCUGUUUUAUCUGUUCCAGUCUAACCGUUCGGAAACCUCGCCCUUCAACCAUGUCAUCGACCAGCUGAUUCUGUACGCUUUCGAGGCGGGGAGCCUGACGACCAUUGGGACCAUCGUCACCAUGCUCUGUUGGGUGACCAUGUCGACCAACCUCAUUUUCCUCGGAAUUCACUUUGUCAUCGGCAAACUCUACGCCAACUCGCUCCUGAUUACUCUCAACACACGCGAGAACAUCCGCCGCGCGCGCGCAAACACGUCGUCCGGCGACCGGGAGCGGGGCCAGGUGCUGUUCCUCGAGUCCCGCACGAACGGCGGGCCGACCACGCCGCACCUGAGGACAACGACGAUACCUUACUUUGUGCGUCAUUCUCUCUCUCUUUCUCUCGGCAGCAUAAGCCGUUGCUUACGGGAAGGACUCGGACACAGACUCGGUCGAAGACCGGCCCCAACUCGCCCGCAGAAAUGCAGAUCAACGUCCAGACGAGUGUGCAAUUCGAUGGCGACGGGACGUCCUCCCUGGAUGCCAAGUAACCCAUUUAUUUUGUUUAUUGUUGUAUUUCUGCGGUACAUUAGACCAUCUAUUCUUCCUUUGGGGUACUUACAUUACAAUACAUACGGGGUGCGUGCGGGGAACAUCUGCUUGCUCUCGGGAGCAAUCGCGUUCAUGGAGUUGUAGAGCAGCAUUUGCAAUGCCAUAUAUGUAUGUACACGUGCCUCCCCGCCAGCGGAGUCAGUCUCCAGACAGUCUACUCAUCAGCUAUCAUUUGAAAAUCGGGC